AUGGCCACCGUAUCUCCCUCGGCAGUGGUCCAGCGUCAUCUUGAGCGUCGACCCAGCGACCAUCGCCGACGCCGUGGUCUCCACCGUCAGGCCGGCUCGCCGCUGCCGAAGGAGACGCUUAACGAGGGCGCCAUGAGGGACCGCAAGACCUACACGUCGGCCGUGAUCGCCUUCCUCACCGAGCAGCUCCGCCUCAACGUCUCCGUCACGCCGCCCCUGGCCGACGACACCACGACCGGCGACCGGUUCCAGCUGCGCCUGACCUCGACGUUGACCGGCAGCGCUGCGGCCAAUCUGAGCCUGCCCUCCAGUCUUGCGGUCCUGGGCGGAGGCCAGCAUUUCGAGGCCGAUCGAACUGGACAAGUCCGUAUCGCCCGGAGCGUUGAAGAUAAUGACGAGCACAGCACCUGA